CGGCGCGGGCGGACCCCUGCCUUCCUCUAGCGCCACUGCUUCUUUUGCUUUCUUUUCCCUUUCUUGGCUUGGCGAGAAAAUUCCUACGGGCCACCACUGUAAGUUCUGGAUUUUCGUCUUGUUCUACCCACCCCUCCUUUCGCUCCCCCCUUGACCCCAGCCAACACUUUUUUUUUUAAACUGGAGCGGCGAGUGGGCGGAAGAGCCGGCAAACCCUAUACUUCACACUACGUCUUAUCCAACCAAGCUCCGGGAAUUGCAGGCCCCCUUCCCAGGAACCUGUACCUCCUUUCCCAGGAAUUCGCAUCCAUUCUCUCUCAGUGGUGUACCAAAAAAAAAAAAAAUCUUUGCACCCACGGGCCUAUCCCGACGUCCAGGGACCUUAUUCCUGCGAAAAAGCCCUCUCCUCUUCCUCCGUUCUCCAUAGGGCUUAGUUAAUUUCUAAAAGAGGUUGGAGACUCGGAAACAUGGUUGGGCUCCUUCAUGUAAUCCGGAGGGAGGGCGAGGGUUGUCGCUCUGGGAAUCAGGUGCGAAGGUCAGGAAGGAGGAGGUCAGCCUUGAUUGGCUCGGGCUGCGUCUAUGUGCCCGGCGCCCAUCCAUCUCCUGUUAGGGUCGGAGAAGGAGCCUGCACUGCCACCAGAAGGGGCGCCUCGGGGGUCUGGGAGUACCUCGGGCAAAGACGCCUGCAGAGAGAAGGGGGUGGUGGAGAGACCUCGCUUAGGCUCCUGGGUGGUUCUGGAAGCCGAAAAACAACUUGUUUCUAAAGCAGGCGGACUGGUUUGCACUGGAGGGAUUGUGCGUUCGAUCUAUGCGUCUAUAAAUACCAGAAUAAAUACCAGAACGGUGCUGCUGGGUUGGUGCUGCUCAUGAGUUGGUUGGUGGGCCUACCCUCUGCAGCAGCAGCACCCCUCUCCCCCAACCCCAGGCGCCUGUGGGAGCUGGCUUAACAAACGAGGAGGCUAGAACCUGAAGCCCGCCUGGAUCAGGCUCUGCGCAGUCUCUAGCCAAGUUAGCCACAGCAAGAGUUGCUCUGGUAAGGCCGUGGCCUUGGCCUCUAGAAACCUGCCAACCAGGAGGGGCUGGGGUGGGCUUAUGGGGAGGGGGACCCUGAUGGAAAAUAAAAUGGAAACACGGCUCUCUUUGAUAUCUGAAGAGGGGUAUCUUGUUCUAAAGUGGCUCCCCAUACCUGGUGAGUCCUCAGAAUGGCUUUUCUGUCUUCCCUCUACCUGCCCUGGUGUCGCCAUAAGCACCUACCGUAGAGAACCUAGGCUGUGCAUUGAGUAUGCAGUCAGGGCACCCUUCAUAAUGAGCACCAAGGUGAUGAGUUUCAAAUCUUGUCCCAAAGUGUUUGACUUCGUUUGCUUUCCAGCCCCACUGGUGGUUUGUAUUGAAUCCAAGUAUCAUUAGGCAACGGGUUGAAGUCAUUUAUGCGCAUUCCCUCACUCUCCAAUUCACCAGCCCCCUAAAUGUCCCUCUCCUCCUCUCUGAAUCAGGAAGGGAUCUUUUGAUUUCUCAUCUCCUUUGGCUGCGGUUUCUGUGGCAGUCAUCAUUGAAACGUUAACAACCUCGCCGCCUGGCUUUGCUCAGACCCUGGGGCCUGGAUGGGAAGUCAGACCGGACAUCAGUGCCCCGAUUGAAUAAUCUGUGUCACUAGGGCUUUGAGCCCAGGAUGUGAGCAGAGGCAAUUCCCUGUUUUGGAAGAAAAUCAGACAGGAAACCAGCGCUAGGAAGAAGGAAGAGAACUCAGUCCAGCAGAGUGUAAUGGGGCCUCAUUACCGAAGCAAAAAGCAGCUGUUGGCUAAUUCCUAGCAUGCUGUAACACAUGAGGAUUUUGCAAUUAGUAAUAACUGGUGCAACGGGGUUCUUGUAUAUACGCCUGCCUAUUCGUCCCAGCAGCUUGAGUGAGGCGCCUUUCAAACCGGAGGGAUUGGCAAGAAAUUCCGGGUAGAUAUGCCUGGCUCAGGCAGCGCCUUCAUCCCCACCAUCAACGCCAUCACGACCAGCCAGGACCUGCAGUGGAUGGUGCAGCCCACGGUGAUCACCUCCAUGUCCAACCCGUACCCCCGCUCGCACCCCUACAGCCCCAUUCCGGGCCUGGCCUCUGUCCCCGGACACAUGGCCCUCCCAAGACCCGGUGUGAUCAAGACCAUUGGCACCACCGUGGGCCGUAGGAGGAGAGAUGAGCAGCUGUCUCCUGAAGAGGAAGAGAAGCGUCGAAUCCGGAGGGAGAGGAACAAGCUGGCGGCAGCCAAGUGCAGGAACCGUCGCCGGGAGCUGACAGAGAAGCUGCAGGCGGAAACGGAGGAGCUGGAGGAGGAGAAGUCAGGCCUGCAGAAGGAGAUUGCCGAGCUGCAGAAGGAGAAGGAGAAGCUGGAGUUCAUGCUGGUGGCCCAUGGGCCUGUGUGCAAGAUCAGCCCCGAGGAGCGCCGAUCUCCCCCAGCCUCCGGGCUGCAGCCCCUGCACAGCGGGAGCAGCGGAGGAGUGGGUGCCGUGGUGGUGAAGCAGGAGCCCCCGGAAGAGGAUAGCCCCUCGUCCUCAUCGGCGGGGCUGGACAAGGCCCAGCGCUCCGUGAUCAAGCCCAUCAGCAUUGCUGGGGGCUUCUACGGGGAGGAGCCCUUGCACACCCCUAUUGUGGUGACCUCCACUCCUGCCAUCACUCCAGGCACCUCGAACCUCGUCUUCACCUACCCCAGCGUCCUGGAGCAGGAGUCGCCCGCUUCACCCUCCGAGUCCUGCUCCAAGGCCCACCGCAGAAGCAGUAGCAGUGGGGACCAGUCGUCAGACUCCUUGAACUCCCCAACUCUGCUGGCUCUGUAACCCAGCUCCCAGAGGGGUCCUCGUCACUGCCUCCUUCCCAGGGACCAGCACCUUCUAGCACUCCAGGGCCGUGAGGGCAAGAGGGGGAACCUGCUGGAGAGCUUCCUGGCUCUGGGAGACCCAAGGGGAUUUGGUGGUGAGGCAUUGGAGGACUUGGAUGAGCACCUGAAAGUCAUGGGACCUCCUCCCUUGUUCAUCUGGCAAAGCAAAUCCUGUUUCUUGAAAAGCCUUGGAGAACUUCAUUUGGUGGACUCCGGCAUCUCUCUGGCUUCUGAAGAGCUUGAAGCUGGUGUGGACCGUUCCUGUCCCUUUGUUACGACAUGUCUCUGGAGUGAUGGUGUCUUUCCCCGCCCCACCAAGCAUGCUCAGUGCCUUUUGGUUUCACCUCCCCUCUAUUUGCCCCUUCCUUCCCCCAGUGUCAAUUUUACUUCCUCUUGGUUUUUAUCAAAUUCACCAUGACAUUUCAUCUGGGUGGUCUGAAUAUUAAAGCUCUUCAUUUCUGGA